AGGACCUUGGUCUUUGGCGCGCGCGCGCACACAUACUGACACACGCGCUGUUCCGUUUCUUGCUUUUGACUACAGUCGCUGAUAAUGACGUAAAAGAACAUUGAUCCCACAGCGUGAAAUCUGUCUGAUCAGACAAACAGCCUCUGCGUUUCGACACCCAUCCCUGCCACCACACGGACACCUCCCCCUCUGUCCCGAGCAGGCGCUAUAAAGGCGGCGUUUUGCCGAGCCUCUGCCUUCUUCUUCAUUCCAGUCGGGAGGCUGUGCUGCUCCGCGUGCCACUUCACGUGUCCUCGUUGAAAAAAACAAGUCUCAAGAUGACCCAUCAGUAUCCAUCCCUAUCUCCAGAGCAGAAGAAGGAGCUCUCUGACAUUGCUCAGAGAAUUGUUGCUCCAGGAAAGGGAAUACUGGCUGCAGAUGAAUCAACAGGUACCAUGGCCAAACGCCUGCAAAAGAUCAACGUGGAGAACACAGAGGAGAACCGCCGUUGCUUCCGUGACAUCCUUUUCUCCAGCGAUCAGUCGAUUGCUAACAACAUUGGGGGGGUCAUUUUCUUCCACGAAACCCUCUACCAGAAGGCAGACAACGGCAAGCUUUUCCCCCAGGUCAUCAAGGAGAAAGGCAUUGUUGUUGGUAUCAAGGUGGACAAAGGCACAGCUGGACUGAAUGGAACUAAUGGAGAGACAACCACACAAGGUCUUGAUGGCCUGUCGGAGCGAUGUGCCCAGUACAAGAAAGACGGCUGCGACUUUGCUAAGUGGAGGUGUGUGCUGAAGAUCUCUGAUGGCUGCCCGUCAGCUCUCGCCAUUGCAGAAAACGCCAAUGUCCUCGCCAGAUAUGCCAGUAUCUGCCAACAGAACGGUCUGGUGCCCAUCGUGGAGCCAGAGAUCCUGCCUGAUGGUGACCACGACCUGCAGAGGUGCCAGUAUGUGACGGAAAAGGUGCUGGCUGCCACCUACAAGGCUCUUUCAGACCACCAUGUGUACCUGGAGGGCACUCUGCUGAAGCCCAACAUGGUCACUGCUGGACACUCCUGCACUAAGAAAUACACCCCCCAAGAGGUUGCCAUGGCUACAGUGACUGCUCUUAGGCGCACCGUUCCCGCCUCAGUCCCCGGUAUCUGCUUCCUGUCUGGAGGCCAGAGUGAGGAGGAGGCCUCUGUUAACCUGAACGCCAUGAACCAGGUGCCUCUCCAUCGCCCGUGGAAGGUGACCUUCUCCUACGGCCGUGCGCUCCAGGCCUCUGCUCUUGCAGCCUGGGGGGGAAAAGCCGCCAACAGGAACGCUGCCCGCGAAGCUUUCUGCAAUCGGGCCAAGAUCAAUAGCCUGGCUUCCAAAGGAGAGUACAAGCCCUCAGGUUCAGCUGACCAGGCGUCCAUGCAGUCUCUCUACUCUGCCAGCUACGUGUAUUAAACCCAGGGAACACUUAUUCAAAAGAAAAACCAGAAAAAUAAAAGCCCACAGGGCCAAACAUCAUUCCUCUACAUGAUGUCCUUCUUUCCUGCAUGACCAACACCGAGGAGACUUCCACCAAGCUACUGUUUCUCUACUUGAUGAAAUGACUUUAAAUAAAAUAAAAAGACUAAAACAUUUGACAA